UGCCCGGGCGACCCCAAGAUGGCGGCGCUGGCCGAGGCUGAGGCGGCCGAGGAGGCUCCGGCGUGAGCGGCCUUCCCUCCUUCCCCGCGCUCCCGGGCCAUGGCGGCCGGCUAGGCCCCGCCGGGCGAGGCGAGGAUGUGCGAGAGCUACUCGCGCUGGCUGCUGCGCGUGUCGGUGGCCCAGGUGUGCCAGGCGCUGGGCUGGGACUCGGUGCAGCUCUCCGCCUGCGACCUCCUUACCGACGUCCUCCAGCGCUACCUCCACGUCUUGGGCCGCGGCUGCCAGCGCUACUGCGAGCUCUAUGGCCGGACAGAUCCAAUUUUGGAGGAUGUAGGGGAAGCCUUCAAGCUUAUGGGGGUCAACCUGCAUGAACUGGAAGAUUACAUACUCAAUAUCGAGCCGGUCACUUUUGCGCAUCAAAUCCCCUCGUUCCCCGUCAGCAAGAAUAAUGUCUUGCAGUUCCCCCAGCCUGGAAGCAAAGAUGCAGAAGAGAGGAAAGAGUAUAUUCCUGAUUACAUGCCACCCAUUGUCUCUUCCCAAGAAGAGGAAGAGGAGGAGCAGGUGCCAACCGAUGGAGGAACAUCGGCAGAAGCCAUGCAAGUACCGUUGGAGGAGGAAGGCGAGAUGGAAGAAGACGAGGCUGUAAAUGAUGAAAACUACCUAAGCAAGAGGCCAUUAGAGAGUCCUGAAACUGAGGAAAUGCCUGCUAUGAAGCGGCCAAAGCUAGCUAGCGUUAAAGUGGAGGAUGGAACAAUGGAGCCCCGUGAGCCUCUUAGUUCAAUAAAUGCCCAGAAGAUACCUCCAAUGCUUUCCCCAGUUUGCGUCCAGGAUAAUGCUGAUCUGGUUCCUCCCUCUCCAGAACCACCCAUAUUAGCUCCCAUUUCAAAAUCCCAGUUGCCGGUCCCCAAACCACUGGACUCAAAAGCAUUUGUGCCUAAAGCAAAGGGGAAAACAAGCUCGCCAGGCCAAAAAACUAAAACACCUAAAGUUUCUCCAUCCCCAGCAGUUGUGGGAAGCCCCCUUCGCUCACCAAAGACUGGACCCAAAGAGAAGAAGUCACCAGGCCGCUCUAAGAGCCCCAAAAGCCCUAAGAGUCCGAAGGUUUCAGCUCAUGUUCCUCCAGUGACAAUUAAACAGGAGGCACCGAAUAGGAUACCCUUAACAACAUUACCUGAAAAGAUGGGGAAGGAGAAUGUCCAGGUAAAACCAGGGCCAGCACCAGCUGAUCCUGGGAAACCAAACAGUGAAAAUCCAACAAAGAAAGUGGCAGUGAUAGACAAGACAAUUGACGAUUCCAUUGACGCUGUGAUUGCCCGUGCGUGUGCCGAACGAGAUCCUGAUCCAUUCGAGUUUUCUUCAGGAUCAGAAUCAGAGGGGGAUAUUUUUACCAGCCCAAAAAGACUUUCUGUGUCUGAGAUGACAACACCUAAAGCUUCUCUUUUGGCCAACAGUAGUUUAAAUAAGGCGGCAGGCACCCCAGUUCCUCCUUCUGGUGGAACUUCAAGUUCAGACAUUUCAUGGACAAUGGAUGACUCGAUCGAUGAGGUCAUUCGAAAGGCAAACAUGGGUGCUCCUGCUAAUUUACCAGCCAACUUCCCCUAUUUCUCAUCUCCUUCUGCUUCACCACCAACUCCAGAGCCCCUGCUCAAGGUUUAUGAGGAAAAAACAAAACUGGCUUCGUCAGUAGAUGUGAAAAAGAAGCUGAAAAAAGAGCUGAAAACAAAAAUGAAAAAGAAGGAGAAGCAAAAGGAGAAGAAUAAGGACAAGAAUAAAGAUAAGGAGAAGAAUAAAGAGAAAGACAAGGAAGGAGGCAAAGAAGGUAAGUAUCCCUGGAAGGAUCUGAUCAGAGAUGAGGAUUUGGAUCCCUUCAAAUUCAAAGUGAAAGACUUUGACGAUGAGACGAAAAUGAAGUUAAAAGAGGGCGGGUCCAAAAAAGAACGGGAGAAGCAUAAAGAUAAGAAGAAAGAUAAGGAGAAGAACAAGAAGGACAAAGAGAAGAAAGACAAAGAGAAAGUUAAAGACAAAAACAAAGACAAGUUGAAAGCUUCAUCGGCAUCUCUUCUCCUGCCUUCCAAAGAUCUGCCUUUGCCCCUGUUUAGCACCCCGGCUGCCCUGAAGCUCCCCUCAAUGCUGACCCCCCUCUCAUCAAUGCUUCCCGACAAGCUCUUUGAGGAGAAGGAGAAGCCUAAAGACAAGAAGAAAGACAAAAAGGAGAAGAAAAAGAAGAAAGAGCGGGAGAAGGAGAAAGAGAAGAAGGAGAAGGAAAAAGAGAAGAAGGAGAAGGAGAAGAAGGAGAAGGAAAAAGAGAAGCACAAGCAUGAAAAACAGAUCAAAGUGGAGCCUGUUGUUCCCGCACCAUCUCCAGUAAUCCCGAGGCUGACGCUGAGAGUCGGGGCUGGUCAGGACAAGAUAGUCAUCAGCAAAGUCGUAUCUACGCCGGAGGCUAAGCCAUCCACUCUUCUGGCCCGGCCCAAAACGCCGCCGCCUCCUCCUUCCCCAGCUCCAGCCCCUGUCCUCAUAACCCCUCCUCCUCCUCCAGCUGUUCCCCCACUGCCUCCGUCCACCAUUUCCCCAGCUCUCAUUCCACCUCCGUCUCCUGCGAUGUCUGCCAUGGGAGGCUCCAAAGCCCCCGUCCGGAGCGUGGUGACGGAGACUGUCAGCAAUUACGUGAUCCGAGAUGAAUGGGGGAACAAGAUCUGGAUCUGCCCGGGCUGCGAGAAGCCAGACGAUGGCAGUCCGAUGAUCGGCUGUGAUGACUGUGACGACUGGUAUCACUGGCCUUGCGUUGGAAUUACGGCAGCUCCCCCUGAAGAAAUGCAGUGGUUCUGCUCCAGGUGCGCCAGCAAGAAGAAAGAUAAAAAACACAAGAAGUGGAAACACAAAGCACACUGAAGUCAUUGCAGAGAUUUGUCGGACUGUCGCUUCAGCACUUCUGCCCCGACUUCUUUUGUGGAGGAAUUCAGCCGCCUCGUUCGUCAUCAUCAAGUUUCUGGGAUUGUGAUUCUCGAUAGAAUCAGGAAGCAUAUACCGUCUGCUAUGAGCCGGCUUUUUUCUUUCCUUGUCUUUUUUUUUUUUAAGUGUCCUCCUUCAUCUUCAGAUGGCACGGAUCUGGAUCAGGAAUGCUCUGCCACGGACUCACUGGCUGAGAAGCAGCGAACCGAGUGACUGUGUGCUGGCAGAUGCAUCGAAAGUUGUAAAUACUUCUGCCCUGUCCCAUUUGUCUCUUCCUCUUCUAAGCCUCUACCCUGCAAAACAGGAAAGGCUUGCAAAUCCGAGCAGCUGUCCUCGGGGAGCCACUUGGAUGAUUUCGAAAGCUCUCUGCUUCCCAUCCCGCAGUCAGAUAAUCACAAAUGACACGGGGUGGGGCAAAGCGGCUGGUAAAUAUUUUUGUGAUAAGAAUAUAUGAAGCUUUUUUUCCCUUUCAGUCUGCCCCUUGAUUUUUAAGACUUAACACAAAUAAAACAUGCCUGAGCUUUUUGUGAAAUAA